AAACCAGUUGCCUUCAGUGUCCCAAGUAGUUCACAUCGUUUCUGAUGAACAACAUUUGAGUCAGGUCAUUUGCAGGCAGUACAACGAUCGGAUACAUUCAAGUUGAAUCCGAACAUAUAAUUUAGUGAGGAAAAAGCUAGCAUCCGUAAGGUAUGCAUUCUUGUGUGUGAAGUGAUAAUCAAUUUGAGAACGAGUAACGUGAUUAAACCGCAAAAAUGUUUGAUGUGUUUGGCUCCGUAAAGGGGCUACUAAAACUUGAUCAAGUAUGCAUCGACAACAACAUUUUUCGCCUCCAUUAUAAAGCCACCGUGGUGAUUUUGAUUGCCUUCUCACUGUUGGUGACAUCUCGGCAAUAUAUUGGUGACCCAAUCGACUGUAUCGUGGACGAAAUUCCACUGAAUGUGAUGGAUACGUAUUGCUGGAUCUACUCAACUUUCACCAUUCCAAAUCGCUUAACCGGAGUCGCUGGGAAAGAUAUCGUGCAGCCGGGAGUCUCCAGUCACGUCGACGGCCAUGAUGAAGUCAAAUACCAUAAAUACUAUCAGUGGGUUUGCUUUGUGCUGUUCUUCCAAGCAAUGCUCUUCUACGUACCUCGCUACCUGUGGAAGACAUGGGAAGCUGGCCGCAUCAAAAUGCUGGUUCUCGAUCUCAACAUGCCGGUCGUAAACGAUGAAUGCAAAGAUGAACGUAAGAAGAUCCUGGUGGAUUACUUUGUUGAGAACAUCAAUCGACACAACUUCUACGCCAUUCGCUUCUUCAUUUGUGAGGUCCUUAACUUCGUCAAUGUAUUAGGGCAGAUAUAUUUCAUGGACUUCUUCUUGGAUGGCGAAUUUACCACUUAUGGCAGUGAAGUAGUACGCUUUACCGAGAUGGAACCGGAAGAAAGAGGAGAUCCUAUGGCACGUGUUUUCCCUAAAGUAACCAAAUGCACUUUCCACAAAUAUGGUCCGUCAGGAAGUGUCCAGAAAUUUGAUGGCCUGUGCGUACUACCAUUGAACAUUGUAAACGAAAAGAUUUACGUUUUUCUAUGGUUUUGGUUUAUCAUUCUAACUAUUCUGACGGGAGCUUCAUUGCUUUAUCGUUUUGCAGUAGUUUUCAUGCCAAAAGUACGCCUAUAUUUGCUACGUGCUAGAUCUCGCCUGUCUUCGCACGACGAAGUUGAGUUAAUAUCUUCAAAAUGUCAGCUAGGCGAUUGGUUCAUCCUAUAUCAAUUAGGGAAAAAUAUUGAUUCUUUAAUAUAUAAAGAAAUAAUCUCUGACCUUUCAUUGAAAUUAGAAGGAAAGGAAAUGGUUUAAUAUCAAUGCUCCUGUAGUAUUUGAAACCCAUUCAUCGAUACAGGAUUCAAACCAAACUGAAUCAUACUAUUUAGAACAAGACAAAAAGAAGAAGAGGAAAUAAUAAAGACAAUGGAUCUACAGGGAGUAAGAUCACUGUACCGAAAAAGGCACAUUUACCUCCAUGCUUCUGUUCUAUGAUAAAAACAUCGUAUUAAAUAUGCCAUGCCAAUUUUAGUUCAAGAAAAUAAAAAAGACUUUAGAGUUUCUACUUGCUCUCUUACAGCAUAGGCAAACAGACAUAAACAUACGAUUUUUUCAAUGUCCAUCAAUCAUCAGGCGCAAAGUUUAUGAAAAUUUCAUCCAACUGUAAAACGUUUGUAAAUCAACUGUCAUGAUUCAUGAUUUUCGAGAAAAGUUUGUCAAGUUGAUGGAUUCAAACAUAUAUUCAUGUCUGCUUAUCUGUGCUUAAUAUGCUGUAACGGAAACGAAUAGAAUAUAUCACAUGUGUAAAUGGCAAUCAUACAACCCCACUUUUAGUAAGACUUUGCCCUUCAUAAAAUUAAGCAUUCAAAAUUGAAAGAGAUAUAAAUAAUAUACAUGAUCAACAUAUCAUUAUAACAUUCCGUCUACAUUUCAAUUGUAAGAUUUGAAAAAUUAGGAAGUUCUAAGCAAAAUUAUUGCGAAAGCAUAUUUUUUUUUCUAAUGUAUCACAAGAAAUUCUCAUUUUCAAACUUUUAGCCAAUAAAAAAUAUUACCGA